AUUAUUAAGUCACAGCCACAUCAGGUCCUCUGAGUGUAAAAAGUGUCUUCACAGGCUGCAUACCCUCUGUUACAGAAGUGUGGGCAUUUAUGGGAGACUCUUGUGGCAGCCUCCCACUAGAGUAUACUGUAGGAAUGGAAAGCUGAGUCGAGAGAGGCUGCUUGUGGAAGUCAGACCAAAUAGCAGGAAGGUAUUACAGCAAGAUGGAUUUGGGAAAGGACCAAUCUCACUUGACGUUCCAUCAGACAACUAAUCCUCGUCAAGAAAAGAACCAUGUUCCAGAAGUCAUUGGAACUUGGAAUUUGCGAAACAGAGAGCAACUCAGAAAAAGAAAAGCUGAAGCACAAGAGAAGCAAAAUUUGCAAUGGCACUUUGGAGAGAAAAAAUGCAAGCGGCCAAGGACAGGAAAAGGAAAUAAAAGAGGCAGAAAGAGAAAACAAAAUACAGAACUGAAGGUGGAACCUCAGUCACAAUUUAAAAAUGACAUGAUGGAGAAAGCACUGGCAUCUGUGGAGAAAGAAACUGAGCCACCCAGGAGUAUAACCGAAGCACUCUCUCUGGUAGCCUCUCCCAAAAAAGUUGUGCCUAAGAAACAAUUUUCUGCAGAGGAUAAAGAAAGCAUUAUGUAUCAGGAGAGUUCUUCUGAGUUACAAGGAAUAGUGGUACAAAACCACCCUUCUGAAACAUGCCAAGAUAUGGCUGAACCUGAAGUCCUCUCUCCUACAAUGUGCCAAGAAAGAAUGGUACUUCAAGACCAUACUUCUAAAAUUUGUCCUGAUAUGGCUGAACCUGAAGCCCUCUCUCCUAUAAUGUGCCAAGAAACAGUUGUACUUCAAGGUCAUCCUUCCAAAAUGUGUCCUGAUAUCUCUGAACCUGAAGCCUCCUCUCCUACAAUGUUCCAAGAAACAGCUAUACUUCAAAGCCAUCCUUCCAGAAUGUGCCCUGAUACGGCUGAACCUGAAGCCCUCUCUCCUACAACAAGCCAAGAAAUGGCUGUAGUCAAAGACAUUCCUUCUAAAACAUCUGAAGACGUAGCUGACCUGGAAGGAUGCUCUCUUGAAGCACCCCCCAAACCAGAUGUGCCUAAAGGAUACGCCCUUGAAACAUACCAAAAAAGAGCUGAACCUGAGGAAUACAAUUCUGACCCAGAUCAAGGAAUGGCUGAGAUUGAAAGCCUCUUUCCUAAAACACAAGACAUAGCUGUGCCUAAAGACCUUUCUACAAAAACACACCAAGAAACAGUUGAACCUGAACACUUCUCUUGUGAAACAUAUCAAGAAUUUGCUAUGCCUAAAGCAUCCUGCCAUCAAAGGAUCCAAGAAAUGCCUGCCCCUGAGGAAUAUACACCUGAAAUAUAUCAAGAGACACCUGGACCUGCGGACUCUUCACCUGAAAUAUACCAAGAAACAGCUGGGACUGAAGACUCUUCACCUGAAAUAUACCAAGAAACACCUGGGCCUGAGGACCUCUCUACUAAGACAUAUAAAAAUAAGGAUAUGCCUAAAGAAUGCUUUCCAGAACCAUACCAAGAAACAGGUGGGCCCCAAGGCCAGGAUCCUAAAACACAUCAGGAGGAUGCUAAGGAUGUUUAUACUUUUCCCCGAGAAAUGAGAGAAAAACCCAAAGCAGAAGAACCAGAGAUACCAGCAAUUCCAAAUGUUCCUCAAGAGAUUCAUCCAGAAAAUGAUGUCUUUAGUUAUGUUUUGUUUUAACAAUGCUCAACCAUCAAUAGUUGUCCAACAAAAUACACAUCUUAAUAUAU